AUGGCCGGCCAAUCCAUUAGUACUGGUGCAUCUGCAGCCAAGAAAGAGUUGGUUUUCACGGUGAGAAGACAAGAACCAGAGUUUUUGCUUCCGGCUAAGCUGAUCCCUCGUGUUCACUUGCCACUUUCAGACAUAGAUGACCAAGAGGGUCUUCGUUUGCAUCUUCCCAACAUACACUUCUAUGACAGCUCCCACUUCCAGAGUGAUAGAGAUCCAGUUAAGGUUAUUCGUGAAGCCCUCUCCGAGGCCCUUGUCUUUUACUAUCCUUUAGCCGGUCGCUUAAGGGAAGGCCGAGGGCGCAAACUUAUCGUGGAUUGCACCGGAGAAGUAGGAAUCUUGUUUAUAGAGGCCGAUGCUGACGUCACCCUCAUGCAGCUGGGCGUCCCCCUUCAACCUCCAUUCCCUUACUUGGAAGACCUUCUUCUUCACGAUGAUGUUCCAGGUUCAGACGGUAUACUUGGAUGCCCAUUGCUUUUAUUUCAGGUCACGCGCCUCACGUGCGGUGGCUUCGUCGUGGGAUACCGCUUCAACCACGCUAUGUGCGACCAGAUAGGCAUUGUUCAAUUCCUAACGGCUGUCGGAGAACUUGCAAGUGGGAAAGCACUUUCUGUACCGCCCGUAUGGGAGAGAAAACUGUUGAGCGCCAGGGAUCCACCGCGCGUGACUUGCACUCAUCCCGAGUACGAUAAGUUGGUCGACGGAGGAGGACCCCCACUUGAGGAUUUAGUUGAUCGUUCUUUCUUUUUGGGGGCCGAGGAAGUGGAGGCAUUGAGACAAUUACUCGUCUUUCCACUAGACCAGUUCAGUCGUGGCUAUACCUCAUUCGACUUGAUAACGGCCUGCAUCUGGCGAUGCCGCACCAUCGCUCUCGGGUUCGACCCAGACGAGGAUGUGCGGGUUGUUUGUGCGGUUAAUGCCCGCAACAAGUAUAAACCGCCACUCCCAACCGGUUACUACGGAAACGCUUUUGCGUUUCCGGCUGCUUUGAGCACGGCGGGUAUGCUAUGCAAAAAGCCGUUGGGUUACGCAUUGAAGCUGGUAAUGGAAGCUAAAGAGGGUGUGACAGAUGAGUACAUGAGGUCGAUGGCUGACCUCAUGGUCUUGAGGGGACGACCUCCCUUCACGGGGGCACGCACCUUCUUGAUUUCAGACUUGAGGCGGGUAGGGUUAGAGGAUAUCGACUUCGGUUGGGGAAAGGCUUGCUAUACUGGAAUAGCCAAGUCCGGCACAGUAGCCAUAAACCUUCCGAUAUCAAACUUUUAUGUAUACGGUAAGAAUGACAAAGACGAGGAUGGAACUCUCUUGCUACUCUCCCUUCCUCCAACUUCCAUGAAGGUAUUUGAGGACGAACUGAAACGCCUACUAAAAUAUGGUUAUCGCAUCCUAUCAACUUUAUAAACAUAAA